AUCAUAAAUAUUCUUCAAUGAAUAUGUUAUGAUAUAUAUAUAAAAUCAUUAGAGGUCCUUGAUGACACAGGUCAAGAUCCGAUUUAUUUAAGAUAAGAAUCGGAAAUGCACUCACAAUCUCAUAAUAUUUGAGUAUAAAUAUCACUUACAUUGGCGACAUCGUCAUAUCAGAACUUUGUAUUUCCAGCACAGCAGUACAGCUGUUAACAAAAAUAUUUGCUGCUUAACGUGCUGAACUAACUUUUUAUUUCAUUGCAAUACCAAAAUGAAGUUCACCGCGGUCGCAUUUGUCCUCCUGCUGGCAGGUAUCUGUGCUCUGCCCCAGGAUAAAUUUGAACUCGAUGGAGGCCAAGCGUUCAUCACCGUCACGAACAGGAUCCAGCGAGCCGUCAACGAGAUGAACCGCCGCAUCGUGGACGCCGGGUAUGACCCGCUGGUCAUUCCCUACAAGUCCACCGCCAUAAAUACGCCCUUAGGAUGGGCCUACGCACACGUGGAGGGCAUGGAGUGCACGGGGACCUCCCAUAAUAAGUUCGACCGGCUCAGCUUCAACACGGUCACCAUGCGGCUUAACUUCGACCUAGUGUGGCCUAGGAUUGCCUGUAUCGUCAAAUCGCAGGGUGCUAAAGCAGCUGUCCUCGGGCGCGAAUUCGAAGUAUCAAAUUCUGGAAUCCUGGAGAUGACUGACACCCGCAUAGAGGGCAGCGUGCGCGUCCGCGCGAGACCCAUCAGUGGCAUCAGCAUAAUCGACUGCUCAUUACUCUUGAGCACAAACAUCGAGUCCGACCUGAAAGUGGUGUGGCAUGGACGCGAUAUCUCCUACAAGGUGAACGGGGUGGUGGAAGCCUUGAACAAGCAAAUCCAGGACAAUAAGGAGGAGUUUGGAGUCCAGUUGUGCAAGCUGUUGGAGCAGGCAACGUGAAUCUAACAUACCAGGGACUCCCUCGAAAAUUGUAUUUCUAUAUUUAUCAUUCCGACAUUUAUGUUGUUUAAUGUUAUAUUAAUAUUAUACCAAUAAAUAAAUAAGCACGGAAGCAA